GAAUGCGUCCAAUCAUUGCUUCAAUUGAAUAAAACGGCAAAUAAAGUGGUCGAAGAUCUAAAGACAGAAAGGGAUCAACUGUUGGAACAGAUAAAACAAAUGUCCGCCAAUCAGAGCAUACCUAUAAUUACAUCAAACCCAAUGGCAAACGUGAUCUCUGAAUACGAGGCGAUUGUCAGCUCCAGAAGUCAGUCAUCUUUGAUACAAAUCGUAGAAAACAAUUUAACAGAAGAGAUGUCAGGAGUUGUGAUGUCUAUCACCAGCGAACAGAUCCACGAAAACACUAGCCUUUCAAUCAUUUGCGAGAAUAUUGUCCACAAACUGAACGAUACAUUUGGGAGGGAAUGGCAGUGCAGUGCGGGCUUCAGGACUGGCCAUCACUCGUAUCGCGAUUUUAAGCCACAAUUUCAUUUGCGAAUACACUUUGGUUUAGUAUAUCUACACAUAUUUCAAACACAUGUUGUGAGCACUUAUUUUAUAGCAAUUUUUGCGACAAUUAAUGUCUAAAAUU